UGCGGUGACAUCGGGGGGGGGGGGGGGUGCGUCGCGGCGGCGGCCCGGCGCCAUGGAGCGGUACGUGGGUGUCCUGGAGGAGGCCGCGGACGGGACCCGGCAGCAGGAGCGGCACUACCAGCUGCUGUCGGCGCUGCAGAGCCUGGUUAAGGAGCUGCCGAGCUCCUUCCAGCAGCGUUUGUCCUACACCACGCUCAGCGACCUGGCGCUGGCACUGCUCGACGGCACCGUGUUCGAGAUCGUGCAGGGGCUGCUGGAAAUCCAGCACCUCACCGAGAAGAGCCUGUACAACCAGCGUCUGCGGCUGCUGAAGGAGCACCGAGUGCUCAGGCAGGCGCUGCGGCAGAAGCACGAGGAGGCCCAGCAGGCCUGCCGGCCCCACAACCUGCCCGUGCUCCAGGCGGCCCAGCAGCGGGAGCUGGAGGUGGUAGAGCAGCGGAUCCGCGAGGAGCAGCGGACAAUGGACGAGAAGAUCGUCUUGGAGCUGGACCGGAAGGUGGCGGACCAGCAGAGCACACUGGAGAAGGCGGGCGUCACUGGCUUCUAUGUCACCUCCAACCCACAGGAGCUGACACUGCAGAUGAACCUGCUAGAGCUCAUCCGGAAGCUGCAGCAGAGGGGCUGCCAGGCAGGGAAGGCAGCCCUGUGACAGCGGCUGCUGGGUGGGCAGCGGGGGCAGCAUUUGCCUUCCUGGUAACAUGUCCCCAGCUGCCUGGGGGGGGGAGGGUUCCUGUGCACCUGCUGCCCCCGCUGGCCUCUGCUGUCCAAGCACUGGAUAGUGUCAGGGAGAGGAGCAGACCAGCCGUGGUCCUGCCCCAGGGCUGAGUGGGGAGGUUCCAGCUCCUUCUCCUCCCCUGGGUUCCUCCCUCGGCCCCACUGGAGGCCCCAAGGACCCAGCCCUGUGUGGCCAGAGAAAUAAAGCCCCCCCCACGGGGCUCCACAUGUG